AUGGCUCAAAAGCGGCUCAUGCAGGAGCUCAACCCGCUCCAGAAGGAGAAAUGGCUGACGAUCGACAUGGACGAGCAGAACCUGUUUAAGUGGCGUGUCGGCCUGUGGGUUGUCAAUCCCGACAGCGUCUUCUACGGUGCAUACCUCAAGUGCGAGAUGCGAUUCCCUCACGAUUACCCAUACCAACCGCCCACGUUCCGUUUCCUGACCAAGGGCAUCACACACCCAAAUGUGUACCCUGAUGGCAACCUUUGUAUAUCCAUUCUCCAUAAGCCGGGCGAUGAUGAACAAUCUGGUGAAAUGGCCAAUGAGCGAUGGAACGUCCUGCACGGUGUAGAGUCUGUCCUGCGCUCCGUCCUGCUUCUCAUGGACGAUCCCGAAAUCAACUCGCCCGCCAACGUCGAUGCGAGCGUGCUCUACCGUGACGAGCGAGCAAAGUACGAUACCCUGGCCAAGGAGGUCGUCUCUCGAUCGAUUGUUGACGUCCCGGAGGGCGUCAGGAUGCCAACCACAGCUGAUCUUGCGCCGGUGCCGCAAAAAAUUGUCGAGGACGAUGACGACUUUUGGAACCCCUCCGAGGAGGAGGACGACUUUGGUGGCAGCGAUAGCAACAUGGACGACUUCGAGGAAGAAGAAGACGACGAAGAAGACGACAAAGACGACAAAGAAGACGACAAAGAAUAA